AUGCGGCAAGGUGAUCGAGUUCGUAUUGCGCAUCAUAACUUUUCAUUUUAUGAACGCCUACAUAGUUAUAAUCAAUUAUCUUGGAGUUCGCGCAUGGCUACCUAUAUUGGGAAAGUUGGUAUUGUAAAAGAUGUGACAAUGGAAUCUGUCCAAGUAACAAUUUUUAGUUGGGGAACAUUCGAAGGUGCAACAGCAAUUACAUCAAAUGAUAGCAGUAAUCCGGAUAAAAAGAAUCAACCGGAAAUGGGACGAAAUACCGUCGUUGAAGCAACCUAUUCAUGGCAUCCAAAAACUGUCCUGUUAGCACGAAAUAUUUGUAUGUUAGAUGGCGAUCGAGCAAUUAUGGUUCGAAAUAAGGUUUUCACGGUUACUUCAUAA